CCGCUCCACUCGGUGUUGGAGAAGUGAGUGAAUGAACUCCAUGUGACACGGAAAAGAAAAGAGAAAUAUCCUUCGUUGAUUUACGCUGUUUUGUGGAAUAAACACCUAGCUGUGGUUUCCAGGCGGUUAUUUGCAAGAAACAGGCACGAGUAACUGGUAAAGUUCAGCGCAAAUGACAAAUAAGCGUAAGCGCGUUAGUGGAGGCGCUUCCAAUGUUGGUACGAAAAGCAAUGAUAACACAGCUGAAAGCAGCUCAGAAGGACAUGAUAAAAAGAGAAGAAAACGUUCCACAUCACCAAAUACGGAUCCCGUAAGUACAAUGAUUUCAAUUACUGGUUUUAUGCGCUUUUAUCAGCUGUUAACCCGCGUGCAUGAAUAAUUUGAAUGUCACGGGCUUGUUAACAGUUAAGCUUAAUUACAUUCGUACACUUAUGAUUGGAGGGGCAUACAUUUUACAUAUACCUUACGAUAACUAGCUUAAUCAAAGAUAAAAGUAUUUAAGUUUUGGUUUACUUUUUUCACGAAGUAUUUUGAUAACAAUGCUCAAUAUGUAAAAGUUGACAUACACUGUAAAGUAUAUUUCGGCCAUCAUGAAUCCCUAGAGGAUUAAUUUAGUCCAGUUCUGUGGAUUGCGUUACAGCGUGCUAUCAAACCUCUGGAGAUUUCUUUGUAACACUUGCAUUUAAUAUAUAACAAUAUUGUCAAGUAAGGCUGAGUAUGAGGUGAAGAAUUAUAUAUGUAGGUCCUGAAGAAUGUUGUCCACUGAGGCCAAAGGUUGAUGUGGACGACAGACUCCAAGAUCUGCAUAACGCACCUAUCAAUGUUAAUUUUGAGGUGGGGGAGUGGGGUGGUGGUGGAAGGAGUUGGGUAAAGGCUGGGGAUUUGAUCUCAAAGCUUUGUUUUGGGUCAAAUGCCCGAGGGACAUCAUAGAUCAUCAUAUUUGGUGGAAAGAGAACAAAUUCCCCACCCCUCCAAUUUCGGUAAGACUGGAGGUCAGAGGUGUUUCACUGAAAGUAGCAACAUACCAACACUCUCUCUUUUCUAAGAGGUAUAUUUUAUUAAUUUGUUGAAAAAUUUAGAAAAUUGUGAACUUAAGCCAAAAUUUAUGCACUGAACUUUUCAGUGGGCAGAUAGAUGAGAUAAAAAAAAUGAGCAUUUUGAGACUCCCAAUUAAAGUUUUUAUUUUAUUUUCAAAAUAUAAGCCAAAAGGGGGCCUAACAUAUUGACCACUGCAUGUAACUGUGACAUACAACAAUAUUAUUUGUUUCAUUGUUUUGUUACAAGGCUGAUAUAUGUGCGGAACUGUAUGAGACCAUCAGAAGUUAUAGGGAUGAAGAGGGCAGGAUUCUUUGUGAAUCUUUUAUUCGUGCUCCAAAAAGAAGGUUUGUUGAUUGCUUCCUUUUAUCAGCACCAUAAUAAUUAUUAUACUUUAAGGUGGUACAGAUAAGUAUUAAACAAAAAAACAGAAAAUUUCCUUGUAUUUUUCAUAAUCACAGAUUGCAGAUUCAGGAAGGUUUUGCAAAAGGUUAAAUUAGAAUGUUUUUGUUAGUUUGUAACGUAACUAUUUUGUCUGCAAGUAAUUUUUAGAUCGUCAGAUUUUACUGAGGCCUUCUUGAUACAUGUUUAUUUCUCUGACUGUGGGUUUAGUUGUGCAUUUUCAACAUUGCUGUCUGAAAUUUCCAUCAAACAAGUAAUUAUUUUUACAAAUGGUGCUUUUUUGUGUAAGUUCCUUUUUUUCAUGGAUCCAUGCCUGCGUAAAGAUAUGUAUUUUUCAUUUUUUUAUUGUGUAGGAACAGUCCAGAGUACUAUGAUGUCAUUUCUACUCCAAUAGAUUUGUUGAAGAUUCAGGUAAAUUGAAUGUUAAGGCACUUGAAUUUUCUUAUAAGGUGCCAGGACAGUAUGCUGUGAUUGACAGAAAAUCUAUUUUCCAGAAGUUUUGAUUUGGAAGGUCAUGUUGCCCUUGUUAAUAAUGUUAAUCUAUGUUGACAUUGCUUUUAAUCAGCAACGGCUGAAAACAGAUGAAUAUGAGGACAUUGAGACAUUCAGCACUGAUGUGUAUUUACUGUUUGACAAUGCUAUCAAGUUCUAUCAAUCUGAUGUACAAGAACACAAAGAUGCUAUUAAACUAAAAGAGGUGUAUGAAGCUGCAAAAGCCAGGCUCUGUUCUCAGUUAGAUGAACAAAGUAUGUAGCUCUCAUUGAUCUGUUAAUUAUGCAUAUAUGUACAGUUUUUAUAAUAGGCUGAUUCAGCAACUGACUGGGAACAUCAUUUGACAACGGGAAAGUGCGUGGAAAAGACUAAACUCAACUUCUGUUGCCCAAUUUGCUGCUCUGCUAUUGGCCAAGCCAGUUGUUUGAUUUGCGUGCCCGGUCGUCAACUGACGUUCCUUCUGUUGCUAAAUCAGCCUAAUGAGGCUAGAGAAAAAAUAAUUGAGUUUGAAGGUAUUUUUAUAUGGUGACUGAACAUUUUUUUGCAAGGAUGUAGCUGAUGAAAAGCCAAAUAUGCUUGUUUAUUACUCUAUCUGGCUUUUUAUGUUCAUCUUUAAAAAUUACUGUAUUUCUUCACCUAUAAGCCAAGCGAUUUUUUCGGUUUUUGACACAGAAUAAAUACAGUUGCUGGUUGCAUGGUAGUAUUAAUACACUUCAUUGGACCAAUUUAUUGAUAUUCACAUCUCUUCAUGGGGUUUGUUUUUUUCUUUUGUGUCUGUGUUUUUUUAAUUCAUUAGGUUUUGUGUUUAGUGAGCCAUUUUCCGAUGUUUUCUGCAAGAUUCGCUCACUCAAAUGGCCUGCUACAAUCAAGAAUCUCAGUCUCGGCUUAUAGCCGAUGGUUUUACCCUUUUUUGGCAGCAUAAGUCUAUUGGAAGGUGUCUCGGCUGAUAGCUGAGAGCAUUUUAUAGGUGAAGAAAUACAAUGCAUACCCCAAAUGAUGUCUUUGUUUUCCAGUGCAAUUUGAGCUUGGUCUUGCAGUAAGGUCAAAAUCUAAAGCUUUAGGGUCAGUGGUAAUUAACCUUUGACAAAUGGGAUGUUCAAAGCUUACAGCUUUUUUCUUUUUUGUUUUGUUCCAGGAGGAGGCAGGGGAAUGUCAUUUGAGGAAAGCAUGGUACAGUAGAUGCUGUUUAUUUUAAGUCAAAACAAGAGCACUCUUAAAAAAGUGUUAAGUCGAGCUUGUUGCUUGGAGAUUAGAUAGCAAAUAAGGAGGUGUUUAAUUCUGCAUGAGGCAGGAUUUCUUCUCUAAAAGUUUUUAACGUCCUCCUUUAUCGACGGUUGAGUAUUCUUCAGGAUGUUUACUUUUACAUGGUAUUCCACGAUUUGCUUCUGAAUUGAUAUAGUAUGGUUGUAAUAUUAUUUCAUGAAAUUCACAGGCCUCAAUUCAAGAGAAAUUAAAUCAUUCCUAAAGAGCAAAAAUGUGAUGAACAUGACAGGUCAUUUCAAUCAUUGCCGGAAAAAAACUGCAUGCUCAUCUCAAGACUCUUUUACCUACAAUGAACAAAGUUUACAACACCCGACCAUUUAGCCUCACCAUCUUAGUUUUGCUGAACUUUUACUCAAAAAGAUUCUUUUUUUUCCCGACCACUGAAGUAUUCACUUGUUCUAAAGUAAUCGACACUUUCAAGCGAUAGAAUUUAUAGACCGACCCAUUCCAGAAAAGCUCGACAUCUUUUGAAUAAUUAUGUUGUUGGUCACAUCAUGAUAUUUAUGUCCAGUUUCUAUGGUCUCCACUAGGAACGCCUGGGACCAUGACUUUUCUAGUGAUGCGCACACAGGGAAAAAAGAGAAAUGUUUACAUCUCAGAGUCUCGCUGUUAAAGCAAGCUCAACUAAGGAGUUUUAUGGAAAUGGUCUCUUUUCAUUAGUGAACAAUAAGAAAUUAAAAAGCAACUGAAAUUGAAAGUUGAAGACAUAGUCGGAAAAUACUUGUGACAUAUAUUAAAUUAUUGAGCUUAGGAAUAAUACAUUACCUGAUGAGGCAUGGGGGUAGCUACCUGUAUGCAUGGUACACACGUGCAUACCUGAAAAGGUCAAGGGUAAAAAAAAUUAAAUGAAAUGAAUAAAAUAAAAAAGAGAGUAAUUAAAAAAGAGAGUGUAAAAAUUAAAACAACAACGACAAUAUAUUGCCUCAAUUCCGUUUAACUCUAUUUGAUUCGUUGGAGUAUUUUUCGUAAAACAAUGGACUGUUUGUUUUUUUUGACACCCGAAAGUCAGUUUUCAAAACAAAAGACUCUUUUGCGCAUCCUCAGAAAGUCGGUUUUUGUUUGAAUCUUGAAUGAUAUACUUAAAGAUGCGUGCAGACAGCAAGCAGGAUGGUAUAAAACGUGAACAAGUUAUUUCACCCAGGCCUGUCUUCGCAGUAGACAAAGGAGAGCAUGACUACGUCCAUGUGAGUGCUUCUGCCAGUCAAACUUGGAGUUGGGGGGAGGGGGAGGGAGAUUUGAAAAAUUGUGCAUACCUCUGGAAAAAUCUUGGCUACACACCUGUAAGGUCAUGUGUAGUAAUACUAACAUACAUUUCAUUGUGUUAAUAUUUUCAUUGUUAGCUUGAGUAAGUGCUAAUAAAGAUUGUUGUUGUUGUUGAUGUUGGAAAGUAAAUUUACCACAUACAGUGUAGCAGUUGUGCUUACUUAUCAGUGCUUAAGAUGUGCCAGAGUUUUCUAAGCUUAAAAGUUUUGACAGACAUUGAGUGUUGGGAAAUUCUCCUCUUGUUUGAACCAAAUGCCAGUUGCUUAAAUGUUGCAUCUAGUAAUUCACUUCUUUAAACCUUUAGAUGAAAAUGCAUGGCACCUUUGGUGCCAUUGUCAUCCAGAGUAGACUCUAAACAGUGUCAAAAAUUUAUAAUUGCAGGAAGAUGAUGAUGAUGAGGAGGAGAAUGAGGAUGAAGGUGAUGAUGCUGAUAGUGUGAGAGGUGAUAAGACUGUUAAAGGAACAAGUCUUGGGAAAAGUACAAGUGCAGAGAGAAAGCAAGCUUCUUUUUCUGUAGCGGCAGCGGGUGAGUGAUGAUUACUGUGUCUAUAUCAUUCACAGUAAUCCUUAAAGUGGAAAGCAUGUGGGCCUAAUAGAUAGUGUGCUGGACUCCAGAUUAAGAGAGUUGGGUCACUGUAAUUUCUGCUUGGGCAAGACACUUUACUGUUACAGUGCCUCAGUCCACCCACACCUUAAUAUUGUUAAAAACGUUGGAUAGCACUAUCCACCGGAUAAAUCAAGGGAAAGAUAAUUCAAUUCAUAAGGGAAACCAAUGUCAUUGCAUUAUCAACGGGUAAGAGAUUUAUCUGAUGAAUAGUGUUAUCCAUUUCAAAAGUAGGUUGAGUUUGAUCGUCCGGGUGAACGUAGUCCUGAAUGGGACUGAAGAUGACUAUCGCACAGGUUGUCGAAACGUCAGUCACUGUCAACAACAACAGUCCUAUUCAGGGCUAUGUUCAUCCAGACGAUCAAACUCAACCUACAUUUGAAAUGACUCCUGGGUUCAAACCUUUCACAGUGUUAGCCAUCUUUUGGACAACUGGGGCCAGGUGUAUGAAUAGAUAUGGGCAGAAUUAGCCCUACGGGGUAACCCUUUUGAAGGACUGGCAUUCCUUCCAGAGGGGAGUAGAAUCAUUCCUAGCCACUUUGUGUUACACAUGCACUUGAGCUUUUUAUGAGAGACCAGUAGCUAUUGUCUGUCAUAAGUAAUCCAUGUAUGGGUAUCUGUAACAAGGUCUUUAGUUUCAACCACAACCAUGUUUCUUGUCCUUUAUUUUCUGUUUAGAUGAUGAUGAUGAUAAUGAGUCUACCUCCACUCGAGAUGAUGAAGAGGGUGAUUCUGUUUCUAAUGUUCUGCUUUAUUGUGGUGAGCUUAUUAGUGCAGUGCUGGAGAUGAAGGACAGCCAUGGACGAGUUAUCUGCCAACUUUUUAAAAAGAUACCACCGCAAAGUGUAAGUUCUAAACAAUGUUGUGCCUUGAACAGAAUAGACAACUUGCGUAAGUGGUCCCUAUAAAAGUAUUUGAAUUACGGGAACACAUGUAAGAUAGCUUAAGCCUUGCGUUGUAGAUUUUUCCAAAACCUCAAGUUGUUUCUUCUUUUUUGGGAUUACAGUAAGGUUAAAAUGACUCCAUAAGUAAUGUUUUGACUUGCUUGGCUGACCUUCUCCAGGAAAGUUUGUUUUUCCUGAAGAAGGGCGGGGCACUGAAAAGUGGUGUCCCAUAACCCAGAGCUGCCUUGGUAGUAGGGUGACCCAUUGGGCUACAUGUAGCAUGUUUCAAUUACGAAUUGUCUGAUGGGAAAGCAAAAUUUGCCAAAAUAAAAUAUAAAUGUUAAGGGAUUUGUCAGGCCUGCACAACUGCUCAGGGCUAGUAAAACUUCAGCAACAGUGAUAAUUUUUUAAUUUCUUUUCUCCUUGAAGAGAAUCAAAGUAGUCAAUGUGUUGAUUUGGAGUUGUUUUUACCUCAGUGUAAUCCCAAAAAAGAAAAAAAUCUUUGAUUUUGGAAAUGAGAGUUGGAACUUUCCAAGAUACAGUUGACAGUUGUCUGUCACAUGCUUGAAAAAGGCUCCACUGACAUAGUUUGGUAAAGCACAACUACAUGAUAUGUAUGUAGUGAUACUUUGGUAUGGAUGUAAAGAUAUAUAUACACUUCACACUUUGUUUUGCAUUGACAUUUUUCUCGAUGAUAAGAAACUGAAGAGCUGGAUGGGAGUAACUGUGUUUUUUUUUCUAUUAACAGCUUUAUCCAGAAUAUUAUGAAAUCAUCAAAGAACCUAUUGACUUGAAAACUGUGUGCACAAAACUAAGGGUAAGUUAAUGAAAUUACUUAUGAAGAAGUUAAUUGAUGUCUUAAGGAAAUUUAAGUGUCAUUUUGGUACCAUUUUAAGCAGGUUGUUUCUCUUUCUUGGUAGGCCAUGCAACUAUGUACACCAUAUGGCUACUAAUAAAAAAGAUUUUUGUCUGGUGGUUGUAUAAAUAAUUUGUACAUACAGUAAUAAUUAUUAUUAUUGUAUGUAUAGUAUUGGACUGAAAUUUCAGGUGCGGGAAAAUCGCCCUUCUGUGUGAUAAUAGAAUAUCGUCAUUUAAUACAGUGUAGACAUUUGCAUGGAUUCUUUGUAACAUUUUAAAUAUUCCAAGAUGUGGGAGACCUUCAUAGUAGAUGUUCAAGCAAACUUAAAAUGUUUAUUUGUGUUGGAUGUGCUUCUAAACAAAAUUAUUGUCAACCAUUGAUGAUAAAAAUCAUAGAAUAUUAAGUAGAAUGUGUUUUGUUUUCAGAAUAACCAAUACACUUCUCUGGAGGAAGCUGAGAGAGACUUGCUGUUAAUGGUAAAAAAUGCCCAUGCCUUCAAUGAACCAGGCUCUCAAGUCUAUAAGGUUUGUUAUUAUAGAUAAAUUUAUUAUUCAGAAUUCCACUUCUGACAAGAGAAGAAAUUAAUAGUAUUACUGUUUUAUGCAGAGUGAAAGAGAUAUACAGAUUGCUGUACAUGUACAUCUUAUACAAGCUGUGUACUUGCAUUAAUGGCACACAUAACGUCUGUAACACUUUCCUUAUAUGCUUGUACAUGUUUAAUUUGUACUGUUCAAGUCUUUUUUUUUUCAUGUAAAGUGGCACUAGUAUGCAGCCAAUCAUUCUAAUUGUUUGUCUAAGAGUCAAAAUAUUGGAAUAAAAGAAGAAGAACAAGGAGUUCAAGCAGUGAAAAGUAGAUUUCAAGAGCACAAUAAUAUUGUCAAUGACCAGAAGGACAUAUGUGCUCUAAAAUUAUUACAUGAAUCUGCUUGUUAAUGGCUUGUAAACAUAGCAGUGUAAUUUCACUACCAUACAUUUUUAGCCAUAAUAAAUUAUAUUUUUUCACCCAGUAAAGCAAAUUGCUAUCCUCAUCACUUUGAAAUGAAAGCUGGUAGAAUGACUGUGAAAAAGUCUCUAGAGAUGAAACUCUUUCUCACCAACUGUUUUUUUUCAGGAUGCAACUGCUAUAAAGAAGACUAUUCAUACAAAGAAAGCUGAGAUAGAUCAUGUACUAAUGGGUGCCAAGUCAAGCAAAAGAUUGAAGUAAGUUUGUGUUUAGUUUAAGGCUGUAGAUCAGAGUUGUUGUCGCCUGUAUGCGGUAUCCACUUUUCUGCCAUUACCUAUCCACCCUUGCUUUUUUUAUUGCUCUUUUUUCAACUUAAGAGUGCCAAGUGUCAUGUUGGGCACCAUGCAGCUUGUUGCAGGUCUUAUCAAUCCCCCCCACCCCCCUCUUCCAUUGGUGACUUGACUUCUAGGGUAACUGAUCUAAUUAUUUCAUUUGUAGAGCACGUCGUAGUUCUGGUAAAAUGAGCACAGCUGUAACAGCACUGUUAAAUGAAAUAGAAGAAUAUGGAGAAGAGGGUCUUGACAUGCCACAAGAAGAGGCUGAGUUUUACCCAGAUGACAGUGUACAUGGUCAGUUGAUUAAUCCUACACUCCUCUCACUACCACUGAUUCUUAAGCAGAAGCAUGGGGUUAUAGAGAGGCUCUAUUGUCUUGAUUAUUUUCAAUUUUUCCUUUGAUUUUUCUUAUAUUAAUGUCUUACUUUUUGUUACUUUUAGGAGAUGAAGAAAGUGUUGGAGGUGCAGAUGCAGACAAUCCUCUGAUGAUGUUAUUCAAUGAAGUACACCACUUCACUGAUCCAACUGGGCGGGCUUUGUCAGAACCUUUUCUCAGAUUGCCAUCUAGGAGGUUUGUUUUGUUUUCUUUUUUUUGUUAAUAUAUACAGAAUUUUUAAAAUCUGAUUACAUUUAUUUUUGUAAGUAUUUCACCUUCAUGCAAAACCAAUGCAAAGUAAGUUUAAGAUCAAACCAGUGAACUACAAUGUAGCUAUUGUCACACACAUCUGAUCUAAUAUUGUUGUCAGAGUCACCUAAUUGUUGAAUUUUGCAGGUGAUGUUAUCUCUUUCACUUGCUUUACCAUUGAGCCUUUUUCACUGAUUUGUCUUAUUUUUAUGUUCAACUCAGAGCAUACCCUGAUUAUUAUGAAGUUAUCAAGCAGCCCAUUGCCUUAUCCAAAAUCAGGUCUCAGAUAAAGGUAAGAAAAAUCAAACCAUAGCUGCCUGCAGUUACAGUUUGUAGGUCAGCCCUAUAACCAAAGAAGGUUAUUUACUGUUUACCAUGCAUUUAUCUUUAGACUGGCCAGUAUGAAAGCCUUGAAGAAUUGGAGAAAGAUAUGGAUUUGUGCUUUCAAAAUGCCCAAACGUACAAUGAGCCCAACUCAAUGCUUUACAAGGUAUAAUAUUAACUGCGUAAAAUUUUGUCUUAUUAUAAAACUUGAAAUGUUUUUUUGUCUUCCAAAUAAUUAGUGCAACAAUAACUCUGAGGUAUACAUUCUUAGUACGUUAGUAAUUCUGUGCAUUGUUUAAGUGUUCUCUCCCCACCCCUCCCCCUCCUCUCCACCAUAGUCUAAUCACCCCACCCAAUUUGUAACCUUGAUUUUGUUUUACAGGAUGCUCAUAGAAUGCAAGAACACAUGAAGAAAAAGAAAGCAGAAGUGAUGAAAUACAUGGAAGAGAAAGGAAUUUCUUUGGAGGAAUACAAGGUAGUGAUUAAGCGUCUUUAUGCUAGUAACUUCUAGUGAUGUCAACUGUCAAGUGAUAGUCUAGUCGUUUUCGAAGACAAGAAAAUGCAGAUGAAGAGUAUAUAAAAUGAAAGAGAAUAAGGGUUUGUCAAUGUCACUGUCACACAGAUGAGGUGAAAGCCCUCGGAGGGUGGUUACUUGCAAGGUUCUCUUGAAAAAUAGUAUACUGUAAGCUAAAAAUAGUAUCACUGAAUUUUUCUGCUGUGGUUAUAACAAGUAAUUUUGUCUCAUAAGUGAUUACGUUUAACUGAUGAAGGAAAAAUGUCUGUACUGUUCCCUUUUUUCAUGUUUAUUUUAGAGAAAAAAGAAACCCAAAAAAAUGGAAACUGAACCAUCAGCCGCAAAAGAGGAAGCUAGUGCCAGUGUUGUUUACAGAAAACCAAGAACUGAAGUCAGAAAACCCAAGAAGACCAAAAAGACAGAAGAAGUUGAUCCUAUUGUGCUGAGGAAGAGGAUGCGCCAGCUUUAUAAAGCUGUGGUAAACUAUCAGGUAAUGGGAAACACAUGUCAGCUUUAUAAUUUGGUUUCUCUGUCAGUAGCUCAGUUAUCAUUAUUUCAUGGUUAAUUGCUUCUGAACAGGGCUGUCACUAAGAUUUCAAGUUGUCUGAUAUAAUUAUGCAUUUAGUAGGCAGGACAUUGAACAGCUAGAAAGUUCCUUAAUUGGUUCUACAUAGUUUUCAAUAUUUCCUUUUUUUCUCAGUGGUCCGAACAUAUCUAUCUUUGUGGUUUUGUGGCUUUGUGUGUUCGUAUCUGUGUUGCAGGGUGAUGCGCCAGUAAGCUUAAGGUUGGAGGUACUAUGAGUUGAUGCUCGGAACCAAUGAGAAUGUGGCAUCUAAACAUAAUAUUUCUAAAGGUCAAACAAAUGCACUUUGAGACUGCCUUUUUGGUUCUUCACAAUUUUUUCGUCUUUUAUUACAGCUAAAGGUGUUUACAAGCAUAACAUUUAAAUAUCUUUAUGAUUCAAACACUGCAUACAAUGAUACAGAUGUUUAAGAGUUUAUAUUUUAGUAUGGGUGCUGCUUCAAGACAUUUAUAACCUAAUUCGGCUUUCUUGAAUGGUACAACGUAUGUACUUUGUUCCAGAUUGAAAAUCGCAAAUCAUGUAGUCUGACGCCAGUGGCACAUGUGUAUCUGAUUUAGGAUGAAAAGGGUAGAUUCUUGGUCGGGUUACACUGAGGCUUUCAAAAUAGCUCAUGCAUAUUAAAAGUGCCUAGUAUGUUGUUCUUUAUGAAAUUAGCUGGGGGUCGUGUUUAUAGGAGCCAGGGGAGUCCCCCAGCCCUUACUGACAGCCCUGAGGAACAAUGCAAAUGGCAAUUAAUAAAGAAACCCUUUAAAUCCUUGUAGGAUGAAAACGGAAGAUACCUUUCGGCAAUAUUUGUGGAACUUCCUUCAGCACAGGUUUGGUGCUUUUCAGUUGUGUUUUUAUACUUAGCCUAUCCGUAGCUGUUUGAAACUAACCGCUGAAAGUGAAACUGAUUGGUGGUGACUUAUUUAUACAACCAUGUUCUUUAACUAGGAUUACCCAGAUUACUAUCAAGUGAUAUCUGAACCUGUCUGCUUGAGCCAGAUUGAGAACAACAUCAGAGACAACAAGGUAAUUGAUUGUUAUGCUGUGGGAUCUACAGUAGCUUGAGAAAACAGCUGACAUUUGGUGAUGCUACCACAGGUUUCCCUGCCAAAUGACUUCUGAGAAAUGAGCGCCGAAAUUCCAUACUGAUGACGCGUCACUACCCAGAUCUGGGUGGUGUUUCUGAUUGGUUAGCAGCAUGGGAAAUUUGAUUCAACUAAUCAGAAGCACUACCCAGAACUGGGUAAUGAUGCGUCAUCAGUAUGGAAUUUCUGCAUUCGUUUCUGAGACGUCAUUUGGCGGAGAAACCAGUGGUAGCAUUGCCAAAUGUCAGUUGUUUUCUCAGGCUAGAUCUACAGAUGUAUUUAUAAGUAUGAAUUCAUGCCUACUAUAGAUAUUUUUAAGGGAAUAAAGUGGACAAAUCUUUACAUGUAGAUGUGCUUCAUUUGUAGCUUUGAACAAUUUUUACAUUCAAGUGGACCUUGAUAAUGAAACAAAAAAAAUUACUUGUUUAGAAAAUUUUAAACACUCUGUUAGAUUUUAUGCAUUGUAAUUUUUUAAGUGCUAUUAGUAGUUUUGAAUCCUUUUUUAGCUUUUGUAUUUUUAAUUCUUUGUUAUGUAAAUAGUUUUUAUUACUUUUAAAUUUUUCACACGACCAUAUCAGCAUUGCUGUAAUCUUAUUGUGUAUAAAUAAAUGCUUUACUUACUUACUUACCUAUUAAAUCCAGAUUUAUGAUAGUCAUCAUUAUGGUCCUUAAUAGUUUAGGGCUGGAUAACAUUUACUUGCCUCUUGUUUUGUGAACUUAUACCAAUGACACAAUGUUUUUUUUAUUUAUUUCUGUAUUCAUCGCCACAGUAUUCUGGUGAGGAGGAUCUGAUGCUAGAUUUUGAAGUUAUGUUUGACAAUGCCAGAUAUUAUAAUGAAGAGGCAUCUCAAGUCUUCCAGGUUCAGUCCUCAUCUUACUGAUUCUUUUACUUUAGAUUUUCAUUAAAUUGUUAUUACUUGGAAAGUCCACUGCUAGGUAACUCUACCUAUUUUGAUAAAUGAGCUUUAAGUGCUAAUGUCAUCCCCCAAAAGUCUUGGUUUUCCUUUCACAAGAGAGAAAACAUAACUAGGCAUUGAUCAUGCUGUUUACACAUUUUUGGACAUUAAUUUCAUGCUAUUCAAGACAUAUGUUGUUUUACAUUCUGUAAAAUGUUAUGAAGUAAUAGUAAAAGAUUAUUAUGAAGAUGGUAAAUGAUGGUGCCAAAUAUCUGGCAACUUUGGUUGUGAAAUUGUUAUCCUAUUGCAGGUCUGAUCUUUUGUCUUGUGUUAUAUAGGAUGCCUGUACUCUGGAGAAAGUGUUGAGGAAGAAAAGAAAAUCACUUGGUCCAGUUUACCCAGGUUUUUAUACAUUAUAACAUUGUCUGAUUAUGUGUAUGUCUGUCAGUAUCAUAACAUUUCCCUUGUAAACUGGAUUAUUCUUGAUUAUUUGCUGACUGGGGAUCUGCAAUGUAAUUGACGUGGUUUUUCAACAGUUACUUCAACAGAGGGAGGCACAUCAGCUGGUCAGACAGUACCUGCCAAACAAGCAACACCCACAAAGUCUGGCAGAAUAUCGUAAGUUGCACCUACCUUACAUUAGGUUUUGUUCAUUACUUGCAUGGGGGAAACUGGAGAUAAUUUCUGAAAAAUACUAAAAGUAAUAUGGUUUGUUCCAUUCCAUUUGGGAAGGUUAUGUAAGCAGUUUGUUCUCCCCUUAGGUCAAGUUUAAAAAAAUUUGUCAGACACUAACUGACUGAUUGUUUGAUUAUUUGAUUGUUUUAUUAUCUUAUAGCACAUCAUUCGUUUUGAAAAGUUAUUGUCAGGUUAUAUAACCUAAUGAUUGUCUUGUUAAGUGCAAAUUUGAGGGUAGUGUUAGACUCAAGUGCAAAGGAAGUGAUGUUGUAAUUUGCACCAGACAAUGGUCAGUGGGAACAGACUGCCUUCUGUUUAAUACCACUCCACUUGGCUGAAGACUACUACUAUUGUAUCUGAUCCUCUUGUGCAAACAUUUCUAAAUGUCUUUACUGUGUUUAUUAUUGGUAAGAGUCACAUUGAAGAAGUAUCCAGCACAGCAAAUUUUUGUUGUAUAAACAUAUCCACCCAAGCCCACUAUUGUAGGCCUACAUUGUUAUCAUGUUGGAAAUUUUUUGUAGAUCUUCACCUGUGUCAGCUAAGAAGUACAGCCAUGUACCGUCAGCAACAAAUGAGUUAAAAGAGCUCUGUCGAGAACUGUUUAAUGCUGUUAAAGACUGCACUGUAAGUUAUUUUCGUUUGUUGAAUCAUCGUUUUCCUUAUCAUCAAUGAUUGGGGUUAUCAAGCAAAUAUUUUGACUUCAGAAAAUUGCGUUAAAGCAUUCCCUUCAAAUGGUUACAUUAAUUAUUUUAGUGUGUUAGUAAAUGUUACAGGUACAUUGUACAGUGUCUAGAUCUCUUAACUUAAUAUGCUUGUUAUGAUAUGUUGCUGUUGUUGUUACUCUUAGGACAGCCAUGGAAGACAACUUUGUCUCAUUUUCCAGAAGCUGCCUUCAAGAGUGGUGAGUAAACUGGGAAAUGUACUUUGUCAGGAAAUAAAUGAACAACUCACUUUUGGGCUGGAUCCCAGGGCUGUCAAAACGUUUUUAAGUGGCCCGGCUGAUGAUGAAUAGUAGGCAGCUUUGGAACUGGCACCAAAGGCACAAGUUCUUGAGGGCCAAAGCAUCUACGGACAUUUUGGAAUUUCGAGUCUUGGAAAUGCCAUCUCCAGGGGUUUGAAGACGUAUUUCUCAACCGCAGAUGCCUUGUUGCUUCGUCAGAAUACACGCAAGACUGGGAACAAUGCCGUCAAAAUGUCCCAGACAUUUCACGACACCACAUGGUUCGAACGUUUCACAGAUCUAAACCUGUUUAAUUAUGCACUCAAUGUCAUUCAUCAUCAUUAUUCAAUGGUACUUUUUUUGUUAGCAGUGAUGGUAGAAGGAGAUGAAAGUAGCUGGCUAAGGAUAACUAACUAGCCAGCGGUUUUGACCGGCUACCGGCCCUUAAUGACAGCCCCGAGAUCCUCAGAACCUGGGUGAUUAAACUUAAAGUAAUAUAGCUUCCUUAUCAGGCAAGCAGAUUUUGUUUCAGUUAAUGGCUACAAUUUUUUGUGUUUUAUUUGUUUAUUUAUUUAAUUAUUCAUUUUUUCAGGAAUACCCAGACUAUUACACACUGAUAAAGAAGCCAAUAGACAUGUCCAAGAUAAACACUAAACUGUAUGGAGAUCAGUACCAGACCUUGGAUGAUUUCAUGUCAGACUUUCAACUCAUGUUUGAUAAUGCUUGUCGAUAUAAUGAGCCUGACUCACAGGUUUAUAAGGUACAGUGAUCAGUUCAUAAAAUAUUGUGACUAUCUUAUUUUCCAAAAUAAGACUGACAACUUUUUACACUUUUUUGGGAGCAAGGGUGGCACAGUGGUGACAGCACUCACCUACCACCUUUGGUUCAAAUCCAGGGGUCAACACCACAUGUGCUCCCAGAGGUUUUUCUUGGGGCCUCCGAUUUUUCCGCUCUCCUUAAACACCAACCCUUUUAAAAUGAUUCCAAUUCGAUCUAGAACACAGACAAAUUUCAACGAAAUCUUAAGGACUCCUAGGUGCUCCAUUGGUAAACAAAUUGCAAUUUACAAUACAUUUCUUUUGUCAUCAAAAGCCUUCGUCAAAAGAGACCCAAAGUGACUUUUGGUUCUUCUUGUAAGUAGCAUUCAGACUCAUCAGUGAAUAAUCAAGAGAUGAUUACUGCUAAUACUCAGUAGGUAAAUUUAUCCAUGACUGAUCAAUGCUACACAAAAUUUAAAGACUGCGUCAGCAUUAGCCAGCUAGGGAUUUCCCAGGUAAAGGAAACACAUAUCACUAGGGAUAUAUGUGUUUCCAAGGUGGGGGAACAUGUAUCACUAGGCAUAUGUGUUUCCCAGGUGGGGGAACACAUAUCACUAGGGAUAUGUGUUUCCCACGUAGGGGAACACAUAUUACUAGGGAUAUGUGUUUCCCAGGUGGGGGAACACAUAUCACUAGGGAUAUGUGUUUCCCAGGUGGAGGAACACAUAUCACUAGGGAUAUGUGUUUCCCAGGUCGGGGAACACAUAUCACUAGGGUUAUGUGUUUCCCAGGUGGGGAAACACAUAUCACUAGGGAUAUGUGUUUCCAGGUAUCACUAGGGAUAUGUGUUUCCCAGGUGGAGGAACACAUCUCACUAGGGAUAUGUGUUUCCCAGGUCAGGGAACACAUAUCACUAGGGUUAUGUGUUUCCCAGGUGGGGGAACACAUAUCACAAGGGAUAUAAUAUGUUUCCCAGGUGGGGGAACACAUAUGACUAGGGAUAUGUGUUUCCCAGGUGGGGGAACACAUAUCACUAGGGAUAUGUGUUUCCCACGUAGGGGAACACAUAUUACUAGGGAUAUGUGUUUCCCAGGUGGGGAAACACAUAUGACUAGGGAUAUGUGUUUCCCAGGUGGGGGAACACAUAUCACUAGGGAUAUGUGUUUCCCACGUUGGGGAACACAUAUCACUAGGGAUAUGUGUUUCCCAGGUGGGGGAACACAUAUCACUAGGGAUAUGUGUUUCCCAGGUGGAGGAACACAUAUCACUAGGGAUAUGUGUUUCCCGGGUGGGGGAACACAUAUCACAAGGGUUAUGUGUUUCCCAGGUGGGGGAACAUAUAUCACUAAGGAUAUGUGUUUCCCAGGUGGGGGAACACAUAUCACCAGGGAUAUGUGUUUCCCAGGUGGGGGAACACAUAUCACUAGGGAUAUGUGUUUCCCAGGUGGAGGAACACAUCUCACUAGGGAUAUGUGUUUCCCAGGUCGGGGAACACAUAUCACCAGGGUUAUGUGUUUCCCAGGUGGGGGAACACACAUCACUAGGGAUAUGUGUUUCCCACGUGGCGGAACACGUAUCACAAGGGAUAUGUGUUUCCCAGGUGGGGGAACACAUAUCACUAGGGAUAUGUGUUUCCCACGUGGCGGAACACGUAUCACUAGGGAUAAAUUAUGUGUUUCUCAGGUGGGGUUAACCCAUGGUUUUGGUCCAAAAAUGGCCAUUUUUCCAAAUUUUUUUUUUUAGGCUAUAUAGGCCAUGAAAAUGUCUUUUAUGAUAUUCUAGAACGAAAAAACGCCUUUCGAGGCUAUGAAAACAAGAAGUUCAAAAAGUCCAAAAAUUAACCUUUUUCCAAACGGGUUAACCCAUGGUGUUGGUCCAAAAAUGGCCAUUUUUCCUACUUUUUUUUUUUACGCUAUAUAGGCCAUGAAAAUGUCUUUUAUGAUAUUCUAGAACGAAAAAACGCCUUUCUAGGCUAUAAAAACAAGAAGCUCAAAAAGUUGAAAAAUUGACAUUUUUCCAAAGGGGUUAACCCAUGGUUUUGGUCCAAAAAUGGCCAUUUUUCCAAAUUUUUUUUUUUAGGCAUGAUAGACCAGGAAAAUGUCUUUUAUGAUAUUCUAGAACGAAAAAACGCCUUUCUAGGCUGUAAAAACAAGAAGUUGAAAAGUCGAAAUAUUGACAUUUUUCCAAACGGGUUGACCCAUGGUUUUGGUCCCAAAAUGGCCAUUUUUCCAACUUUUUUUUUUAGGCAAUGUAGCCCAGGAAAAUGUCUAGGGAUAUGUGUUUCUCAGGUGGAAGAAAACACAUAUCACUAGGGUUAUGUGUUUCCCAGGUGUUAGAACACAUAUCACUAGGGUUAUGUGUUUCCCAGGUUGGGGGACACAUAUCACUAGGGUUAUGUGUUUCCCUCGUAGGGGAACGUAUAUCACUAGGGAUAUGUGUGUCCCAGGUCGGGGAACACAUAUCACUAGGGUUAUGUGUUUCCCAGGUGGAGGAACACAUAUCGCCAGGGAUAUGUGUUUCCUAGUUGGGGGAACAGAUAUCGCUAGGGAUAUGUUUUUCCUAGGUGGGGGAACACAUAUCACUAGGGAUGUCUGUUUCCCACGUGGGGGAACACAUAUCACUAGGGAUAUGUGUUUCCCAGGUGGGGGAACGCAUAUCACUAGGGAUAUGUGUUUCCCACGUAGAGGAACACAUAUCACUAGGAAUAGGUGUUUUCCAGGUGCGGGAACACAUAUCUCUAGCGAUAUGUGUUUCCCAGGUGGGGGAAGACAUAUGACUAGGGAUGUGUGUUUUCAAGGUGGGGGAACACAUAUCACUAGGGAUAUCUGUUUCCUACGUAGGGGAAAAACAUGUCACUAGGAAUAUGUGUUUCCCAGGUGGGGGAACACAUAUCACUAGGGAUAUGUGUUUCGCAGGUGUUGAAACACAUAUCACUAGGGAUAUGUGUUUCGCAGGUGUUGAAACACAUAUCACUAGGGAUAUGUGUUUCCCAGGUGGGGGAUCAGAUAUCACUAGGGAUAUGUGUUUCCCAGGUGGGGGAACACAUAUCACUAGGGAUAUGUGUUUCCCAGGUGGGGGAACACAUAUCACUAGGGAAAUGUGAUUCAGAAGGAUAUGUGUUUUCCAGGGGGAAACACAUCAUCAGAUAUAUGGAUAUGUGUUUCUUGGGAUAUGGGGGGGAACACAUAUCACUAGGGAUAUGUGUUUCUCAGGGAUAUGUGUUUCCCAGGGGGGAACACAUAUCAGUUAGAUAUGUUUUUGGGGAACACAUAUCACUAGGGAUAUGUGUUUCCCAGGCCAGGUGUGUUUCUCAGGUGGGGGGAACACAUAUCACAAGGGGAACACAUAUCAGUUAGAUAUGUUUUUGCCAGGUAGGGGAACACAUAUCACAAGGUAUACGUGUUUCCAAGGUGGGGGAACACAUAUCAGAAGGGAUAUGUGUUUUCCAGGUAGGGGAACACAUAUCACUACUAGGUAUAUGUGUUUUUUAGUUAGGGGAAUACGUAUCACUUGGGAUAUGUGUUUCCCAGGUGCGGGAACACAUAUCACUAGGGAUAUGUGUUUCCCAGGUGGGGGAACACAUAUCACGAGGGAUAUGUGUUAAUAUUUGAUGUGUAUUAGAUUUCCAAAAAGAUAACGUUAUUGUACAUGCAUAGUUUAGGCUUUUAGUUUUGUACCAAGACUGUAAUUUAAUCAGUUUAAGCUUUUUCUUCUUAUCCCCCAUUUGUAAAUUAACGUCAGAACUGGUGUACUUAAAGUUGUUUUAAUUAAGGAGUAAUUUUAUGUUUUCUUUUUUUGAUGGGUAGUGUUUGGAUUGCUGUUUGAUUUUUUGCAGGAUUCUUUAAGUCUUGCAAGAGAACUUUUGAGGAAGAAAGCAGAGCUUGUUGGUAAGUUAUUUAACACAUAAAAUUAUAGUAGGCAAGUCCUCUGAGCAAGAAUAGGAAUGCUGAUUAUGAAAGAUUAUAGGGGAAUUUGUUAUCUCUAUUUAUAGUUAGACAAUGUAAGUAAAUAUUUGUGGGGAAGUGAUGUUAUAAUUUGCGCCAGACAAUGGUCAGUGGGAACAGACUGCCUUCUGUUUAAUACCACUCCACUUGGCUGAAGACUAUUACUUCUGUAUCUGAUCCUCAAAAUCGAUAACCAGAGUUAAUACCAUCAACUGAACUUUGACUCUGAAGGUGACUACCAUACUGGUUGUCAUCAGUCACUGUCAACAAGAGUCCUAUUCAGGAUUAUGAUCACCCGGACGAUCAUACUUCACCUACAAUGAAUGUUACCAGUCCUUGAUAAGGAUCUCUCGAUGUGAACACUAGUAACAUUUCUUUGGUAUGCUCACAAUUAUCCUUGCCAUAUUGUAACGUUUUGAUAAUUUUUUUUACUCUUUAUGCCUUCUGUAGAGUGACAAAUGUACUUUUUAUGUAAUUAACAGUCCAGUUAGCUGGAUUAAGGCAUGAUUUGUAGAUUUUCUCCUUUCUGAUCAGGUGAAGAGAGCAAAGUGCCCAACAUGCAGGAUAUAGUUCGCAAACUUCUCAAUGCACUCUACCAGUCUAUUAUGAAUCACGUGGUAAGAUGUAUUUUUAAUUGAAGGCCUGUGACAUGAAACUGCCUUCAAAAAAUUCACGCAAAAUACCAUUGAAGUUUUCCAGGUACUUGUUGGACCUAUUUGUCAGAAAAGAAAAAUGCUCUGAUUAGAAUUGAAGGACACUUUUGAUUUCGAGAAUAAUGACAGUGUAUUUAACAUCAAGUCACACUGAAUAAAGACCAACACCCAAGGCAUUUGACCUUGUUGGACCUGCAAAGAAUUCUGUAACUUAAACAACAAUAACAACAAAACUAUUGUGUAUCUUGACCAAAAACUUUUUCUUCUCUUCAGCUAGAAGGUGACCAGAAAAUGGCUUGACUAACUUGAAACAGCACCAGCAUUUUGAACAAAAUCUCCAAGGUUUAAUGAGUUAAUUGAUGGUAUCUUUCCAAUCUCAAAUCAACAACAUCAUCUAAAAAUAAUGUCUUCAUUUAUUACAUUGGAGUUUUUCUUUUUUUGAAUAAUGAUCCGUUGUUAAUGUCUGGUCUGUUGUGUUGCUUUAAGGAUGAGGAAGGGCGCUGUUUUAGUGAUUCAUUAACAGAAUUAUCUGUUCUUCAAGGAGGUGGUAGCAAGUAUGUACAUUGUCUUUCAGACAUUUAUUCAUGUUUUCAAAAACCUUGCUCUGUAACUCAGAUAACAUUGACGUAAUUACAUCAGUAUUUAUCAGUUUUCUAAUUGCACCGUGUUUAAUGUACAAUGUCAUUUAUCCUAUAACUCUAGACGCUUGUCACUGAUCAGUAUCGGAGAAGCGCUCCGAAAGGUACGGGAAAGAAUCUGCUUCUAAAUUAUCCACGUUAUUGAACUUUUAUGGUUCAUUCACACAAAAUGAAGGAUUUAGAAUUCACUUAUGUAUUUCUUUUCCAGGGCCAAUACCGCAGGCUGGACAGAUUUCAAGAAGACGUUUUUGCAGUUUUGGAGAAAGCCAGGGAAAUAAGUCGGUCAGAUUCUGAGGUGAGUUGGCAAUAGUUAUUGACACCCAUGGUUAACAACAACAAGUGGUAACAAUGUUAUUACUGAUAGAGAUUGAAAUUCCUAUUCACGUUAUUUGUGUUAGACAAUGAUACAGCAACCUUGUUCCCAGGUUUAGAGAACUCUGGGAACGAGUUUGAUGAUACAGCUGCCAUAAAACCAAUAUUUUGAAAAAGUUGUUGUCACUCUACCAGCUGAUGGCAUAAAAAUAAUCAAGAUAUUGAGUGUGUGUGUAUUAACGCUAUUAUGAUGUCAUGUGAAGUAAUUUUCAACAGAAGUAAUAUCAAGUUUGAUUUUUCCUAGAUGUAUGAUGAUGCUGUUGAGUUACAGCAGUUGUUUCUGAGCCAAAGGGACAAACUUUGUAAAGAUGGUGAGAGGUUUGUGUCUCCAGCUCUUGUUAUCAUCAAAAGACACUUGUCACAGGAGCUGGAUGAGGAAAGAAAAACCAAAGCUGAAGCAGAGGCUAAAGAAGAUGCCAAGCAACAGGCCACACAGCAGACACAGGUGAUCAGUAAAGACAUGUUUUAUUUAUGGCCUUUCAGAAUAAGGUUUUCUCUGCUUAAAACAUUUGUCUUAGAAGGAGUGACAUUUGGUGGAUGCCUGACGUGCAGGGCAGGCAUUUUUGGAGGGAGGGGGGAGUGAGCACUAGUAUUCACUAGAGUGUCUUUUGCCUCUGUCACAUGUUCAGCUCUCCCCAAUCUUUCUCUACCUUUAAAAUCAAAGAUGAUGACCAUACACAGGAAAAGUCCAAAAAAAAAAUUACUUAGCACCCUGUUGCUUGAAGAAUAGGCGAAUACGUUUAAUGAAAACUACUGAUUACUGAAAGCACAACUGAUUGGGAUAGGGGUACAAAAAGAGAAAUUACGAGAUGAUAGGGGCAGUUCCUUAAACUGUAAUAACAAUUAUAGCUGUGUUGAAGGAGUAAUAUGCUUCAAAUCAUGUUACAGGUACCAGUCAGUGAUGAUGCAUGUCAGCAGGAGAUGACCUACAGAGAAUUUCAAAUCCAUGUUGGGGAUUUUGUCCUUGUAGAACCAAGGUAAUUACUCUUAGUUUAAACAAAUCUUCAGAGGAAUGGUCAAGUGAUGAGCAAUCUUGGCAGCCAUGGCCUCAUAACACUUCAGUAGAAUUAUUACUGUAGUAGGUUAAAUCCAUUCUCAGACUAAACUAGACGUGAGUAUACAUUGUUUUAUUUAGGUUUUCCUUGUCUCAUGGCCCUAAAAUUGACCGAAGAAAACUACGGUUUAACCUUGGAACAGAUUUUGUGACAACAUAACCAUUUCCUGGCAUGACCACUGGAGGGGAAACUGGGGCCAAAGGAAGCUGGAAACAUGUACACAUCACUCAAUCCAAAAGAUUAUGAAACCCUUUAGCUCUUUAACCUGUCGAGGUCACAUUGUCAAUGUGGCAUAACUUUAAAAAUUUUUUUGAGAUACUCCUUAUGAUUGACGCUAACAACUCUACAAAUUUCUCAGUUUAAUGAGUAUUUCUUCAUCUUCCAGGGAAGAGAAACUCCAGCCGCAUGUUGUGUGUGUUGAGAAACUUUAUAAGGAUGACAGUGGUGAACAGGUAAAGAAUUGUUCCAAGUCUCUUGGGAUAAACUAGGAAUAUAUUAUAACAGGCUUUUCCUUCUCUGUUUUUGUUAGAGACUGACGUGAAUUAAUUAUUCGUUUCUUGCUCUCUGUCGUUAUGAUAUAUUCCUACUAAUUCACAAUACACACUGUAUUAUGCAAUGCUCAUAUAUUUCACGGGACUUCCAGCUUGGGGAUUUUUAAACACUUCUUUUCAAUCUUGGUACUCUGAAAAAUUCUGGAGUGCUUAUAUAACACAACAAUAAAAAAGUGCUUGAUGUGAUUGAUGUGCUUGAUGUGCUUGACUUUAACUAUCUCUCCAUCAUCAGUGGCUGUUUGGGACCUGGUUCUAUCGACCUGAGGAAACAUUCCACACUGCCACCAGGAAAUUCUUAGAAAAGGUAAGAGCACCUCUAUGCAGGCUGCUUCAUGUACCAACAGUAUUUUGUACCAAUGAUUUUAAUGGCGAGUUCUUUCAAAUUCUUGUCACUGGGGUGAUAAUAGCCUCCCACACAGACAUUCUUAGGGCUUCGUCCCAUGUUCCUGCCCUUGGAACUUCUAAAUGGGUGACUAGCUAGGGUGAUUACAGACAAACUAUAAUACUAUGAUGCCAUUGUUAUUUGCCCUUUCAGGAAUUGUUUAAGAGUGACUACUGUGCAUCUUCUAAACUGAGUCAAGUGAUGGGGAAAUGCCAUGUCAUGUUUGUUAAAGACUACUUCAAACAAAAACCCGAGGUAUAAUUCUGUUGGUAUUAUAAUUUUGUGAGAGAAGGCCACAAACAGCACUUAUCAAGGGAAAGGCUUAUCAAUGUAGCUUCUGUACAGUAUUGGAAUCUUUUGUCAACAAACGAAGAUCUCAAUAUCAAUGAUACGUGUAUGAGAAUAUACCGGGCAGUAAAUAUCUAGAAUUAUGUCUAUAAGUGAAGUAGCUGUUUCUUUUACAUCACAACAACACCAAUUAAAAGGAGCUCUCAUUUAUUUUUUUAUAGUUUAUUGUUAUGUGUCAUUUCUUUUGCAGAACUUCAAAGAUGAGGACGUGUUUGUGUGUGAAUCAAGGUACAAUGUGAAGACGAAGACUUUCAAGAAGACAAAGGUAAAAGUCUCUUCUGUACAGCUUCUGUAUUCUGUCUCUUGUCUCAUGGCCUUGGAAACUUUUUAUCAUCAGUAAGACCCGUUACUGACUGAGUCACAGAGCUGGAAUGGUUAACAUGUUUCAUUACACAGAUUAAUCAUGAUUUAGCUUCAGUUUCUAAUUUUGUGUUCUUUUUUAAGGUUUGGUCUGUUCCUCGAUCAAAUGUCACUCUUGUUACCAGAGAAGAACCUUUACAACCCAAGCGAGUGCCCUCUGUUUUUGCUGAUAACAAAGAAAACAGAGUGCAGCCAAUGGAAACUGAAGUGGAGGGUCAAAUUCAUGAGGAUGUGAAGAAGGUGAGCAUGGUUUAAACACUCCAGUCCUAAGGUUAAACAUUUAAGUAAACUCUGAGUUUGUAAAAAAUGAAAAGCCGGGGUUUACCUCCAAAAUAUACAUGCUGUCGUUCAAUUUUUUUUCCUGUAAUGCAAAUUAUAUUUUCAUACAUUGCCAUCUGAUAAAAGAAAACAAAGGAGCAUAAAAUUUUUAGCAAAGGUAAGAUUAAACAAAAAAACAUGCAUUAAUUCAUCAAACCUUCCAGCUACUUAUCUUUUCUUCUGCUCCCCUCUUCUUCGUCUGUUUCUUUCCUGUUUCCUCUUUUCUUCAUUCGUCGUUUCUUUUCGUCAUUUAUUUAUUUAUUUAUUGCCAACAAGGCAGCCGAGCUAAGAAGCGAGGUUGACUCGGCGGCAGAAUUAUAACGCCGCGCAAUGUAGGCAAAAACUCUCAAAUUCUGCGUAACCCUCUAAAAUUUGCAUUUUUGACCAUAUUUGGGUGUAAGUAAGACGCCAUAUUUGGGUAGUGACAUCAUGGUCUUGUAUUUACAACACGUGGUUCAAGAUUGGGUGAUUCACUGUGCAGCUGUUCGUUGUCUGUUCAAGAGGGCCCAACUGGUGAGCAAGCUUUAAUACGAUUUCUGGUUUGAAAGGGCAAUUAGUGCUCUGGUUUGCUUUAUAAAUUGUGUUUAAAGCAGCAGCUGAUCAAGGAAUAGGGUUUUACGGUCAAAUUUUUGUCAGAACUAGCUUGUUCUUUGCAGCGCUAUUUACGCUGAGGUAGCGUGUUCGCUUCUCGACUCAGAACCAGGGUUUUCAGUGUUCUCUUUUCCUUUGUGAAUUGAAUUUUAAGCGGUAGUUGAUCAAGGCAUAGGGUUAUAUUCUCAAAACUUAUAUCAGAACCAGCAUGGUCGAUUUACAUUGAGCCAGUCCUCACCUUCCGUGAGGAAUGCAACGUAUUUGCGGACCUUUUUUUUAGAAUUUAUUUAUGUCUUUCGAGAGAUUUUGUCAACCAGCAUGUUUUUUUGCUGCUCGAUUUGCAUUGAGACAGCCCAAAACUCCUGUGAGGAAUGCAACGAAUUUGCGGACCUUUUGUUUUGAACACUAUCAUUAUGCCUUUCAAGACACUCUUUGUCCUGUGACACUCGCUCAUUAGAUCUUUGUAUUUUAUUGAAGUUUAUAUUUUUAUACCUCUGACACAUUCCGCCCUAUUCUUGUGCGCUUUUCACACAUUUUACUUUACACCAUAUCUUUUCUUAUGUAUAUUACCAUGCGAAAUACUUUUCUUAUCCCUGAUGACGCUGUUGCUCGGAAUUUAAUUAUUAUUUUUAAUUUCAGCAGUCAAAGGCCUCAUUUGAACUAUAUUUUUCUUUCUAGCGUUUAUAGCUUUGAUACAACGGAAUUUUCCAUGAAACAUAAGUGCUAACUUGCUCAUAUUUACCAACAAAGCUUCAAGCCAUGUUGUUAUUGUUUAAUAAAAGUGAAAGCCUAGAAUGUGCCAAAGUUGUUGUUUUGAAGUUGAGUGCCAUCCUUUUCUAUAGCGGAAUCCAUUUUAAACCUCUAAAAUUUAGAAAAAAAAAAUAUCUCGAAGAUCUGAAUAGGCACAUUCUACAAAAGAUAAACGAAUUGGCCUCGUUGGCACUUGCCGCCGGAAGGUACCCCUAGUAUAUUUAAUUAACCUCCUUCUCUUGCCUGUGAUCUGAGUUCCCCACAAAUGUCUGCGACAAGGAUGACCAUUAAUGCGUUACUUUUAAUAGCAGAGAAAUUUACUUCUAUGCCUGAGUGCUUUUUGUUUAACUAGAAUGUUAUCCUGGAGUCACCUCAAAAUGCAGAGGAGGGAUGUACAUACUACGAACAGUUUUGUGUCAGGGAUACUCCUUAUAAACUUGGUGAGUAGUCAGUUUUUUGCAUUUUUUCCCUAACUUUAUUCACUCUUUAAUGUCUCUCCCAGGUAUGUACAUAUGAAACUGUGUUAGCCUUAAGACAUUUAAAAAUAUUUUUUGUCGUCAUGACAGUCAUGAGUUCAUGUGAGUCAUUCACACCUUGUAAGGUAAUCCAAGACAGUCUCGGUUUCCAUGUGCUAAGUACUGGAUUCCUUGAGCUGAAUUCCGGAUUCCAAAGCAAAGGAUUCCAGAUUCUGGAAAAAUUAGUGGCUUCCGGAAUCUGUCUUACCUUAUAUGGGGUAAAUUAAUGCUCAAUUUGUGAGCAACAUUAGUAACAACAAGGCUGCAGUGAUAAGUUACAAACUCGUUUUUGUCCUUCUCAGGUGACUGCAUAUAUGUAAGGUCAGAUGAGGGUUAUUUGUGUAUGGCCAGGAUUGAUAAAUUAUGGACAGAUAGAAGGUAUGUAAUGACCUAUAUGUCCAGCAAAGUCUGUUGUGAACACAAAACCUGUGCUGGCAUAAUCGUGCUGGUUGGUGUAACAAGUGUAAUGAGCACUCCUUAACUUUUCUCUGUUAUUGAUUUUUGUACCUUUCCACGAUCCAUCACGCAGUCUCUAUGAAACUUGAGGAUAAAAAGAGACAUAAGAAUAAAAUAUUUGUUUCAUUUUAGCGGUCAAACGUGGUUCCAUGGUCCAUGGUUUAUAAGUCCAGCCGACACUCAGCAUCUUCCUAGCAGAAUGUUUUAUGAAAAAGAAGUAUUUCUGAGUUCUCUGGAGGAAACCAUGCCUGUUGCAAGCAUUGCGGGCAAAUGCUGUGUUCUGCCAUUCAGGGAAUAUGUCAGAUGUAAGAUUAUUUCUUGCUUUCUUUCUUUGCUUUAUGUAACUGGGGAAUUAAGGAUCAAUUAUUGUUAGAAUGAUGUUUUAUUAGUCCCAGUUCAGACGCCGUACUUUUCAUGUGCUGAGCCUAAUUCGAAUUAGGGCCGAGCGACCCAAAUUAUUUAGAUUGGCUGAAUGAUUCAGACGCCGAUCAUAAUUCCACCAAGUGAGUCCUUUGAAGAAGUACAACAAAAUGAUAAGUUUUUGCAUCACUGGAAACUUGGAAAAAUAAUCCGAGCCCCAGAUAGGAUUCGAACCCACAAUCCUCCGUGAUCUAGUCGGAUGUUCUAACCACUGAGGUACUGGAUACUCGACCAAGAGCAGUCACAUAGUCAAACCAGGACAAGCACGUAUGACUCAUAACUGCAUCACGUAGUCACAUUAAGGCAUAUCGUACAUGCAAUCAUCUAACCACCAAGUGAGUCUUUUUGUAGAAGUACAACAAGAUGAUACGUUUUUGCAUCAAAUGGAAAUUAAAAAUCAAUUUCAGCCGAACAAAAUUCAAAAGCAGAAAAAUGCUCGUUUCGGUCAAAGUGCUUGCAAAAGACGUUAUUAUAAUUUGUGCAUUAGGUUCGGGACAUGAAAAGUUCAACGUCUGAAUCAAAGCUAUUCCAAAGUCGCUCUAAAGGCGGAAUUCCUGGGCGAGCUAGGCGUGAAAAACGGCUGAGCUUUUCCAUAUUGAAGUAGGCGUUCCUAAUUGAUUCAGAAGUCAAACUUUUCAUUAAAAUUCAGUGUAUUAGGUUCUGCUCGUGAAAAGGUCGGCGUCUGAACCGGACCUUAGCAUGAGCAAUCGGUGUCGUGGUGAUAACUGAAAAGCAGAGAUUAACUGUAUCCUCCCUGCAUUCGUUCAAUGUACAGAGGGUCUCUUUCACACAUCAUGGAUUGAUUCCGUCAUUCACUGACGGACGGACUGACUGACUGACCCAAAUAAUGAGAUUAACGUAGUGGUUUUGUUGCUGACAGGUCGCCCUACAGAGAUACCUGAGAAAGACAUUUACCUCAAUGAAGCUCGCUAUGAUGAAGAGGAGGGACAGUUCCGAAAACUGAAAGGAUUAAAGGUGCUUUGAAGUUUGACGGAAAUAUAUUCAUGAAUAAAUUACUCGUGAACAAAUGAAUGAAUAGGCUGUUCAGUCGAAAAUGUUUGGUUUUACCAGAAGAGUGGAUCUGGCUCAAAAAUUGUUGUCGUCAAACAGGCAAACAAGGUAGUGAGGUUAAUUCAAAAUUGGUUAUCAUAGGGGGUUUCAAAAAUUGUCGUUUUGGAAAAGCAGUAAUCAUUUUUCAAAGCAAAUCGCGCUAACACCUUUCGUCCGUAACCUUCCCUCGCACGCUUCUACACCACAGCACUUUGGGUCAAAGAAAAAAAUCUAGACUUGCAGGAAAAUUUUAUCACGAAUAGUGGUUUGACUUCUUUUCUGUUAUUUUAAUCUACUAGUUACGUUUUUCUACUUAUUCCCUCGUUUAUAGCGUUACACCCUGACUGUCACUGUGCAAGAGGAUGAAUACUAUUUCUUUGAAAAACCAAUCACACCAGGAAAGGUUAGUACCUCAGUAAACGGUACAGAUCGAAUUAUUGGGUUAGUGAUUAAUGGCCCACUUAUGGAAUUUUUUUUAAAUUUAAAUUAACUUGUUUGUUAACGAUGGCUUUUAUAGGCGCCGUCUCCUCUGUUGAUUGAAGACAUGGAUCAGUUAGAAGAUGAACGUAGUCAUUCUCCUGCUCUGAGCUCUGCUGAUGGUGCAACUGGUGAUAGCAGCAAAGUAAGUCUUUUCAUAUUUAUAUUUAUUUCGUACCUUGAUCUUGAAGCCUUAAUAGUAACCAGCAACUAGUUUGCUAUUACCACUUAAACCCCCUGUUAAACUGUUGAGAUUUGGUGAGAUCAUACUUGUCAAUCGGUCACAACGUCUCCUUGCCAGAUGACCUUGUACCUCUGGGAAGACCUCACGGGAUUGGUUGGGAAAACAAUGAACAAACAAAGUUAACAAUGGAACCGAGCCCGAAAACAAAAGAUCUGCGACCCAUAGCAGUACAAUGAAAUAAGAGGUUCUAAAGAGCUGCAAGGCUACUGGGGAAGAUCAUUAAUAGCUGUAAAAUAGCUGAAAAUUCAGAUUUUUAAACUUCUUAACGUGGACAAAAUCAUAGCGGUUAUGUGCACAAUAUAAGCAGUUGCAAAAAAGAAAGCAUUUAAAUGUGGUACAUUUGAACGCUCUUCUUUAAAACUAGACGCGGCGUAACUUGCAUUUCAUUUCGUUUCCAUUUUAGAAGGUGAAGAAGCCACGAAGUCAGUCAGGUUACCUUGUGUUCUCUCAUGAGAUGAGAGCCUCCAUUAGAAAGGAACAUCCAGAGUAUGCAUUUGGUGAAAUAAGUCGCAUCAUUGGAGUUGAGGUAAUCCCCACAACAGCCUAAACUGUCAUGCGUAAAAAGUACCUUAAUACCCUUUAAUGUAGAUGCAAGCGCAUUUCUAUUCCAGGCUCCUUUGUAUCAAUGAAAAAGGCACUUGACUUUGUUUUAGCUAUUAAGCAUUGCGGCGUUGGGUGCCAAUUUGCUGAGAAUGCAUAAACAAUGACCCUGAAGACUAGAACAGAUUUCCUUUACGUGCCACGCAUUUUUCAGCGUCGAAGAAUUUGUAUACUACGGUAAAAAUCCACGUAUAAGAACCUAGAUUUUUCCAACUUAGCCUAAAUAGGUUCUUAUAGAAAUGGUAUUUAGUGGGAUUUUAGGCUACUUAGGUUCUUAAAUAGGUUCUUAAUUUAAUAGGGGCACUAGUGAUCAGCACAGAUAACUAGUACAGGGCAUAUGUGAUGUGAAUAUGUUGCUGUAUUAAAUAAUUAUCUGGAAUGCAGUUUAGAGAACAACAAUGCAGUAAAUUUAUCGUUGUAAAGUACCAGCAUGCAUGUCUUUCAUGCUGCAGUGUCCAUAAAAUGCUGUGUUACAUUUUGAAUCUUUCUGACUGAAACCUAGACUUUUUUUUCCAGUUGUAUUUUCUUCUCUACCUUCAUUUUUGUAUAAUAAAAACCUAUUGAAAAUUUAAAUGGGUUCUUAAAUUUUAGGUUCUUAUAUUUGGGUUUUGACCGUAUCGCCUUAGCGCAACUUUGGUUUUAAUUUGUGGAAUUAAAAGCUUUUGAUGUUUCUUGAUUUACAACAGAUUAAGCGUAAGCUGAUCCCGAGUAUUCCAAAUCCAUGAUCAAAGGCGAUUAAAAUUGUUUAAUCUACGCAAGGAGUAUCCCGCUGAAGGAAGGGAACUGUGCUCUCUGAUUGGGGCGGAGAGAGGACAUUUUUUUGUUCGCUAGGGCUUCCGUCCUUGCUCCACACUUCUCGCACAUGCUUUCGAUCUUCUAUGGCUCAAAAGAAAAAUAAGAGACUGCUUACAGUCUAGAGUUACGAUAUCUUGCGAGUGUUGUCACGAGACAAGACUUGAAGGUUAUGUUAGUUUAAGAUCGGGCGUCACAAUUUCUGGGCGAGGUCUUCUUUCUUUACUCGCCUCUCUCUAACAUUGUCCGUUAAAGACAUGUUAGUUGAAGACCGGUUCGCUGGAAAUGACCCUUUAUAUGUAGUGUUUAAAAGACGUUUGCGGUUGUACUGAAGAGUUUGUAAUAUUGUGUUGCUGUCUAGUGGCGUAACAUGAGUACACAGAAGAAAGCAGAGUAUGAAGCACGUGCUCAAAUGCAGCCUACUCCGACUGAAUCAGAGGUAAGCUAGUCUGACCUGGGGACAAUUUGAUAAAACUUUUACACUUGUAAUUUACAAGUGUAGCCAUUGUUUAAGAGCCUGAAAACAACAGCUACCCUUGUAAAUUACACUUGCAAAAGUUUUAUUAAAUUAACCCCUGAAUACUGCCGGCAAUUGACUCAGUAUAGUCAUGCUCCAGGCGUUCAGAUAGUUGGAAGCGGCGCCAAGGAAAGAAAGCCUGGGAAGGAAGAGGGGGACUGGGGAGUGCGGCCAGGGAACCGCGCCCAACUAUCUGGUCGCCUGGAACAGGCUAUGUCAUUUUAAAGUAAGUUCUUUGAAUGUGUUAUUUUGUAAAUCGCUGUAAAUUAUGUGAGGUAUUUAAAAAAAAUUCUCUGACUUGGAGUUGAGAUCUCAGUCAUUUUCAUAAACGGCUUAAUUGGGAGUUUGGUUAACAAUGUGAAGUAUAUACCCUUGCUUUUUUUAUUUUACCGAUCAACAGACAGCAUUCCCGAAAAGUAACGGUAAUUCAAGCCGUUAUCAGUUGGCUAGAAGAUGGUUAUACCUACAGCCAACAAAUGUAACUAUUGAGUAAUAUCCCGGCAUCUUUUUUUUAUUGAGCAGUCAACUGAGAGCCCCAGCAGCCAGGUGUUACCAAGUGGUCCUGUUCUUGCUUAUGAGUGCUUGUGGAGAGGCUGUGAUUAUCAGUAUGAAGACCUUCAAGAACUCAAGAUACAUCUGUUAGACAGCACUUGCCAUCUCAGAAAAUCAGGUACAGUUUUUUCUAUUUUCAACCAUUUUCUUUUUUUUCCGGUUGAUUUCCUUGCCGGACAUCAGGAAUAAUCCGGCCGAAGCCCGAUGAAAAGUUUUUUCGGAAGAAAGAAAGCAGUUAAAGAAAAUUCCCACUUAAUCUUUAAAAGUGAAUUUCUUGCGUUGCUAUUUCGAUGUCACGGCGUCGUGAUCAAGGGUUUUUUUAAUUGGCCAGCCACUUUAAGAGUUGUACGUUGAAUGCAUCUGAUAACUGGCAAUACACCAAGACGUUAUUGCUUAUUUUAAUAGAAUAAAUCUAGUAGCCUCGUAGUUUCCGACCGCAUUUCACGGUCAUUCGGUGCGUUUCGUCACAUGAUCUCGCUUUGGACACGUGACAAGUGUGAAGGGGUGCCCUGACCUUUUUGUAUAUUAACGUUUAUCGAAACCUUUUAGAGAAUAGGUGAUUGCUCCAGCGAAAAAGCUGACGUUCAGAUAUGUUUUGUUGUACAGAGGAUGGAUUUUUUCAUUGUUUAUGGACUACUUGCAUGAGGGAACGACGAGGAAUGAGGUAAUCUACAAACCGCUCUGUAGGUCGUUAAUGCGCAUGCCCCGUGUGUGUUAGUAUUUUGGUUUGCGAUACACUGGAAAGCCUUCUUUUGUCGAAGCUCCUCUAUAUGUGAGCUGUUCGUAAGGUUGAAUGUUGAAAUGCACUCAGUAUGCAUUUGAAAGUUCGUCAUUCGAAGACUGCGCUGCUCGGUGCAUGCUUUCACAUCUUGUAGCCUUUGUGUAGCUAAUAGACCUAUUCGGCUAACUCAAUGUUGUACCCAAUUCAAAUCUCCCGGGGAUAAGAUUCUUUGUGUAUUGUAUUUGCAUUAUAAUGUGGCAUUCACAUUUAAAUGAUAUGGAAAUUCCUGAAACAAAACGUUUUAUUCCCAAAGGGUUUGAAUUGGGUACAACAUUGAGUUAGCCGAAUAGGUCUAUUGUUGCUGGCGCAUCAGUAUUAUUUAUAAUUAUUUAUUUAAUAUCAUUUACUUACAGAAUAAGCGAUAUACUUAGCGUGCUUUGAUUUGCUAAUAGUUACUCACAUUAAUACACCUUUCCUAAACAAAACUGAGGUUUACGCUUCUGGAAGCUUAGGAGUACUGGAAAUAGCUCACAUAACACUCAUCUUUGACUUUUUUUUCCGGUAAGUUGUUCAUAGUCAUAAAACCAGAACUCAUGGGAAAGGUGUUUUUUGUUAAUCGUUUCUCACGAAGUCGUGAAUUUAAUAUAAAAUACAUGGCGCCUAUAGAGGUAUACUCUUAGCUAUAGCGAUGGCAUGUGUUAUUUUUCUCCGGCAGGCCGUUUAACGCCAGUUCCAAGUUAUUCCGCCAUUGCAGAGAGGUGCACCUUGUUGGAAACCCAAAACCAAUCACCCAACAGCAAAGAAGCAAGUAAGUUGACUGUGUGUCUACGGUUCUACUUAGUAACAUCAUCAGAAUCAAUAAUAUAAUGAUAUUUUUCCUUGUCGGAACAUUCGCGACUUUGUUCUAUUCGAGUAUAGUUUGUUUGUUGUGGUCAAUAAAUAGAACAGAGGCCCACUGCUUCCAGUACUUUGUCCUUGACGUUGAAAGGGAUCAACGGAUUUUGCAGGCUUGUUCAACGCCGUGUUACCUCAGGGUUACUGUGCCGUUACCCUAAUUUUACCCCAGGGUCAUGGUUACCUGGUGAUCUAGUUGUUGACGCUUCAGACUUCGCGUUAUUUCCUUGGAAAAGAAGUUUGUUGUACUUCGUCUCUCUACUCCCAAGUGUAAAAGUAGGUACUUGCGAUACUUUAGGGUGAGGAAGAUCAGCAAUCAGGAUGGGUACGGUCUCACUCGACUUCGCCCUUGUAUUACCCCAGGCCAACUUCGUCCCCAGGGAUCUCGCCAACCUGUCCCGUAAGAGAAACCGUGGGAACGAAGUUGAUCCCGGGCGUACUCUAACUAUAGUUUUCUAGUUUUGUCGUUCAUUUCCCGGAUUAAGAGAAUGUAAAUAACAUACCACCAUUCGGACACAACUGUUAGGCUGACUACACUUCUCAUUUGUGGUUACUUCUGCAGGAACUAUUUUCCAAAACACCAGGCAGCAGCCAUGGUUGUAGCUACUUCUGAACCACCAGCAACUCAACGCAGCACAAGCACUCCUAUGACUGCCAGUGGUCCUUCAGCUGGUCCUAAUGGCGUAACAGCACACAUGUUGGGUAUGCUCUCUUCAGGAAAUCAGUUUUCUCAAACAGCCACUCACAUCCCAGGAAAUGCUGCUGUAGCCAAUCAAGGAGCUUACAUGGGAGGACGGCUAACACCUCAAGCGAUGCAGCAAGGUAAACACAAUAUGAACAGUGGUGCUGAACAAAUGAGUGUUUUCCAAAAGCGUGCGCUUCCAUUGGUUACUUUGUGGUCACAUUACAAAUAACAAGGAAGCUGUUUCCUGCCAAAAGGGAAUGAAGACCGUUGCAAAAUGUAUGACGUCAAAGACCAAUGCACUGUUACCCGCGAUAGCUGACCAGUAGUCUGUUCAUAUUGGACUUAGUUAUGUUCAUAAAAAGUUAAUUGAUGUGUAAAUUUUAACCCAUUGUGUUGAUGAUAUGUAGCCCUAUACCAAGGUAACAGUGGAGUGAGUGGAAUAACACAGAAUACCCAACAGGCAGCAGCAAUGUUACAAAGACAGAUGAACAUGGCAGUGCAGCAACAACCAACACAACAAACCACAGGUACAACAGGCAUUUGAGAGAAACUCAGCCCAGCCCUUGAUAUGAUAUCAACGCUCCAACAAUGUGAAGGACUUAAUUUCUUUUGAUUUGUAACAGUCUCUUUGUAAUAUCUGAUUGAUUACUGCAGUGACUACUUAUUGGGGCUUUAAAGUUGUUGAAUAGCGCCUUAAAGUUUACAUGAUUACAGACAUCCUUUAAUACUCCUUUGAAUCUGCAAAGUUUCAAGCGUUUAGACGUCAUUACUACAGUGACAAUCUUAAGCGGUAUAAACCAUGGAAACUUGUUGGCUAUUUGUUUUUUUUUUUUUACAGUAACAUUGACAGAUUUUGACGUUUCUGGUGAAGUUUCUUGGAAAAUAAUGCGGGAGAGAAAAGAAAACAAAUUGCGCCGCCAUUACGUCAUUUCCACGUCGUAAAUUCUCAUCAACCAUAGCUCUCGACCAAUCAGCGCGCGAAAAACUUUUCCGUUAUUGUAAAAUUUACAAUGCAUCAUUGCGCAUAUGCCACCUAUCCAUAGUCCCAGCGCGCAAUACGUAGAAUCACACCUGAACCCAGUGAAAUAGCAUCAUCUCCCACCAGUCUGUCUCCUGUAGCUCUGUGGUAGGGCAUGUCACGGACUAAAAAACAUACUUUGUCGUGAAUAUACAAUGUGGCUGAUAAAAAAAAUUGAGAUCGUCUAUGUUACAAUGUGCCUUCUCUUCUUAGGUCAGGUUGGGGGCUUACAGGUCCAGCAGCAGCAGUACAGCCCUGCACAACAGCAGCAGCAGUUUAACUUUCAACAGCAAAUUAACCAGAUUAACACUAUACAACAACAGCAGCAACAGCAACAGCAGCAGCAACAUUACGCCCAGCAGAUCCAGCAACAACAGCAGCAACAAGUGAUGGCAGCGCAAGCUGCUGUCGUGACGCAACCUCUGCCACCACCCCCUAAGGAAACGGUAAGAUGACCGCCUCAAAAUGAUAUCACAUCGCUAAAUAAGUAUAGGCCAAGGACAGAUAACCCUUUGGCCUUUUCAAUUGAUACUCGUGCAAUGACUGCAAAUUUUUUGUCAUUACAAGUCACUGUGUUUCGUUCAGGAACAACGCCAUAAAGUUCUUAGGGAAAGAUAGCCCUAAGUUGAAUUGACCCAGUACACGUUGCAAAUACAAAGGAACCCAUUUUGUUCUCCUGGAAUCAACGUCUGUCACCUUGUCUCCCACUUCUCUAUGUUUUGUGAUCGCAAGGAGAAAGUCCUGUUUUACCCAGUUUUUAAACAGUUUUGUUCCUUUAUGUAGCGAUAAAACUGUUAUUUUGUGUAGUUUCGUAGAACCUGAUUUUAAAAGCCUUACACUGUGACAACCACAAUGGGUCUAGACUAGAAAAAAAAGCCGUAAAUCGUUACAUUAAAUAUUUACUCUUAGCAAGAAUACACCUAGCAGAAGGACCGCCAAAUUUAAAAUUACACUGUUUCAUUAAUGUUCGCUUGCAAUCUGUUAAACUUGUUCUCAUUUCCUUUACAGCCUGCUCCCAUAUUUCUUGCCCCACCCCCCAAGCCACAAAGACUUCACCACUCAGACGCCUAUCUCAGGUACAUCGAGGGCCUUCGUGAUGGAAGCCCACACAUGAGCAACUGGAACCAGGCGCGCAAACCGGACGUCUCCACUAUGACCCCUCAACAAGUGGCCCAGUUACCGGUCCACUGGUUGGGAUGCGGUUAUGGAGACUACAACAAUGCUGUUGAUGCUCUGUGGGCCUUGAGAGAUCACAUGAUGAGGGAUGCACUGACACUUUCCAGGGUAGCAGAAACUUAGUUUAAGACGAAGAAAAGGAAACAGUUCUUUGUUUUGGCAGAUUUAUCUGCAGUGUUGCGUGGUUCAUUUAUUUAUUUUUUGUCGGGCUGACAUUCUGAAGAGAAAUGCAGUGUGCAGUUUUCGAAAAACCUCUAUUAUUCAACUUGUUGUUUUUAGAGACAGUUCUCUUCGCACUGUGUUACAAUGACGGUUGCAAUACGCUUUCCUGGAGUUUAGGUCGUGUUGCGAAUUGUGGGAAAUGCGUGUUGUAACACCGUUCAUCAUAGUUACUUUUUAAGCUCCGUUUAAUUUUGUCACCUUAAGUUCUUUUUUAAGUUAGUUAUAGCUCAUUCCAUUUUGGUCUCGAGUGUAUCCGUUUCAUGUUUGUUCGUUGAAAUGCCAUAGACAAACCUUGAUCUUUGAGCUUAUAUUUUAGCAGUCUGUGCAGGUUACUAAGCUGUCCAGUUACUGCUAAAUAAUCGAGGCGAUCUAUUUCCUUCAACGACUUUAAACAGAGGCCAUCUCUUAGCGUUAUUGUUAUUUGAUUGACAUUCAUGUUCUUUUCCUUGGAGUAAAGUUUGAGGUAUAAAAGCAAGUAGCAGGUGGGGUAGUAUGUUUGGUUGUUUAAAAAGUUAAACUGAUGAGUGGUCACGUGAAGAUUGUUUUGGAAUCGAAGGUACUCGCUGCCGCGCCGCAGGUAGUCUAUACGCUGUAUGAAGCGCCUGUUUUUGUUCUGGCAAACUCCAAUAUUUCUUGAUCCCUUUGUGUUUAAUCCUAG